AUGGACGACGACCCGGCUGCCACCCAGGCCCGGGACAAGGAGGCACUUAGGAACCUCGCCAACGAACUCCUGGACCUCGAGGGUGAACGAGACUUUCGACAAGCCAUCGCCGAAUCUCUCGCCGACGGGAACCCGCGAGACUACGAGAAGGCUCUCCGAGAAUACGAUUCGGCUGCGAAAACGAUUGAUAGCAAGACACUCGAGAAGCAGCGACUGGAACAGCGGAUUCGGGCGGCCAAGAACUCUGCGCGCCAGUCAACGAGAGACGCUACAUUCGGAGAAGACGCAAACAUGAGAGCGGCUAGGGACCGCUGGGGAGUUGGUACGUGGAUAUUUUUAUUUUGCCGAGUUACUGCGAAGCCUACCCAAAAUGCCCAAGUUUUUCACUUGCGACUUAUCCCGAUUUCGGCCCCAACUUCUUCAAGUGAAGAAGUCAGCCAUAGUACAAAAGCGAUUAGCAUGCCAGAGGUGGAAGGACGACCGGAAGUCUGGCCUGUCUAUCCAUCAUUCCGUGGUCAUGACAAGCGUGUUGGCCGAUGGGAAUGA